UUGCUUAACAGCAGCCUUAGCAAACGGGAACAGGGUGCAAGAGGGAGGCUGAGGACUCUCUAUCGGGUCUGUUUCAGUACUUUUGCAGGACAGAGAAAACCCUUUCUUUUAUCGGGAGCGAGCCAGGCAGGCGGGGCGAUUGCUCUGACCUCGGGACCUUGCCGAGUGCGCGGGGGGCGGGCGCCGAGCCGGAGCCGGGAGGCAGGAGAGGCUGGAGGGGAGCGUGAGAACCUCGCUGGGGAAGCCGGCCGGAAGCUGCUGCGUUGUUCCUGUUGCCUCCAAGUAACAAGGAGGACCCUCAGCUGGGAGCGUCUGGGGAGAAAGCGCUGCGGGCCAGGCGAAUCUGCUCCGGGUGGGCUCAGGCCCCCAGCGCCCGGAGAGGUCCAUCGCCCCUGUCUGCAGCGCGCUGAGGCUGCUCCGCCCGCACAGCCCAGGAGCCGGCGCUGGGGAAAUGCUUUGCCUGGUUCAGCCUCUUUUGAGGAAACACAGAGAAACAAGGAUCAGCAGCUGUGUUGGUGAUAAGCAUGUCACAGGAUUCAGUGACCUUUGGGGAUGUAGCCAUGAACUUCACCAAGGAGGAGUGGGCUUUGCUGAAUCUUGCACAGAGAAAACUCUACAGGGAUGUGAUGCUGGAGAACUAUUGGAACUUGGUCUCUGUGGAUUGGCUGACUCAACUUGAAACCAAAGACUCAGCCCCUCAGCAGAACAUUUUUGACACAGAAACAUUCUAUGAAGCAAAUCCAGGAUGUCUCACAAGCAGUGAUUCCUGGUCUUGCACAUUAGAAGAAGACUGGAAAUGCCACAAAAUAGAGGACCUGGGCAAGCAAAGAAAGCGACAUUUGAAGCAAGUUGCAUUUGCCCAAAAGAAAGCAGACUCUGAAUGCCAUGAAAUGAGGGGCAACUCCCAACCAAGCUCAAAGCUUGCUCCUUCAGAGGGAAAUUCCACAAGAAAAUACAUCUGUCUAUGUGACUCGAAUAUUUUCAAACAUAAUUCUGUCUUCAACAACGAGAAAAUCUACAAAAGCAAUGAAUAUGAUAGAGCCUCAUGGCAAAAUGUUUUAUUUAUUCCAUAUGAGAGAACCCAAAUAGAGAGGAAAUCGAGUGCGUGGACUGAAACUCAGAAUAAUGUGCUUCAUAUACACAACAAAAUUCAUAUGACACUGAACAUUCAUGAGUGGAAUCAAUUUGGAAAAGCUGUCAGUGAAGACUUGUCCCUUAGAACAUGCAGGAGUGCUCACCUCAGAGAGAAAAUUUAUGAGUCUAAUCAGUGUGGGAACACCUUCAGAAAUAACUCAAUCCAUGUUGCACAGAGGAGACCAUAUUCUGAAGAGACAAACAAUGAGAAUAAUGAAAGUGGAAAAACCUUUGCCCAAAUUCCAAAUUCUGAUUCACACAGGAGAACUAGCAUCGGCAGGAAAAACUAUAAGUGUUGCGAUUGUAGGAAAGGUUUUGUUUAUCAGUCAUUCCUUACAAGACACAUGAAAAUUCACACCGGAGAGAAACCCCAUGAAUGUAAGCAGUGUGGGAAGGCCUUUAAAUAUUCUUUACACCUUAAUAAACAUUUAAGAAAGCACAUGGUGAAGAAGUCUUAUGACUGUAAGGAAUGUGGGAAAGCCUUCACUAAUUACACAAAACUUACUACACAUAUCAGGAUUCACACUGGAGAGAAACCCUAUAAAUGUGAGGAAUGUGAAAGAGCCUUCACUAGUUCUAAAGGACUUAAAAAUCAUGUAAAGAUUCACAGAUGACCGAAGCCCCAUGAAUGAAAGGAAUGUGGGAAAACCUUCAUUAAUUUUCUCAUCAUAUUGUUCAUGGAAAGAGGACUUAUUGGAAGGAAGCUAUAUGCAAUAAUGUACAUGGGAAAGUCUCCCCUGAAUUCUCAUAUCUCACAGAAAUGUGAGAACUCACCAUGGGAAGGUAAGGUUUGUGGAAAACCUUUAAUCCUUACUUACCUUUAGCAAAUGAGGGCAAAUCUUUAGCAGACAUUUGCCCUCACAAUGGAGAGAAACCUUAUAAAUCUGAGAAAUAUGGAAAAGCUUUCAAUUUUUGCUCAAAUUGAUAGUUCAUAGAAGAAAUUACACUGGAGAGACAAGAUAUCUCAUCUUUAAAAACUCAUCCCUUAAAUUACACAAGACUACCCUUUGGAGAGAGACUAUGAUUGUGAUAAAUAUGAAGAAGACUUCAGUUCCAGCUUUUCGCUCCCUGGGUACAAGUGAGUACAUAGGCGAGAAACACUAAUCGUUGCUGCCAUUGCCUUUAUCAGUGUCUCAUCCUUAAAACAGGGACCGUAAUUCAUUAUUUGCCAGUUUUUCUUUCCUAAUUCAGUCCUAUAAUAUGAUGAAUAUUCCUCUUUGCACUUUCGGUUCUGCCACAUAAAUGUUGAUAUGUAGUACCUUCACUGCAAUCCACUUAUAUAAAUGUGGUCUUAUCUCCAAUGUGAUUCUAUUUAGACUCAUGGUUAAUAUGUUCUUUGAUAUCUUU